UGAAACCAACUCGAGUUGUUGCAAUUCUCAUCACAGUAUGUCGACCGGAAAAGCACCGGAGAAGUCUAGUUUUUCUCGGAGAUGUAGUUUGCUCAGCCGCUACUUGAAGGAGAAGGGUAGUUUCGGGAAUAUUGAUAUUGGUUUGGCUCGAAAACUCGAUCUUGAACUCGCCGGAAAAUCUGAUCUUAGAGGACAACAAAAUGGAAUAAAGAAGGCAGACAUUUCUGAAACUAGAACCUUCGAUCUGACUCAGAAGGUUUCAGUAGGUGACGACUUUAUUUCUUCCGGAGGCAAAUCCAGAUAUGUAGAUCUAACUCUAAGUGAACCAGCAAGUGUAGUACCGGAGCCUGGAAACUCCCAGCUGACCAUAUUCUUCCGCGGGAAGGUUAUGGUUUACAAUGAGUUUCCUGAAGACAAAGCAAAAGAGAUAAUGGAAGCAGCCAAAAAAGCAAGCCAUGUUGUUGCUGUUGAUUCAAAGAAAACUCAGAAUCUAGACAUGAACGUGUGCAACAAAAGCAACGUUGUGAUUCCUGAUCUGAACGAGCCAACUAGUUCCGGGACCAACAACGAUGAUCAUGGAACAGGAGAGCAAAACCAAGUCGUGGAACGCAUUGCAAGAAGAGCCUCUCUUCAUCGAUUCUUUGCUAAACGAAAAGACAGGGCUGUGGCUAGAGCUCCUUAUCAGGUGAAUCAAAACUGUGGUCAUCUUCCUCCCAAGCCACAAAAGGUUGGUCCAUCAGUAGAGCCAGGACAACCUUCGACUCCCUCAAAACCAAAGAGACAUAACGAUGUGUCGAUGGAAGUGGAUGGAGAAGGAAGGUGUUCAAAAGAUCUUGAACUCAAGCUUUAGGACAUAAAAAUUCAUCAGUUCAUGUUUGGAGUUUGACUUAUUUAGGAUUUGAAGCCGCAUAAUAAAUGUUAAGAUUCUUUGAAGUUGUAUUACCUAGUUAUACUUUUUUCUAUAUAGAAUUAUAUCAUAUAUAUAGUACAUGUAUACUCAUUUCUCAAUCUAGUUUAGAUUCUUAUGUGCCCGAAGAUAUUGGAAUGUAUUCCAAAAAAACAUUAUAGAACCUCGUCUCAAGCUGCUGAAGUGACUGUACAACUAUUUGGAUUCAAGCAACCUCCUACGUGGUAGUUCCAGAACUUUAUCGUCUCAUCUCAAGCAGAUCCGGUCCUUGUUUUGUUAAGGCUACAAGUCAAAAAUAAUAAUAUGGCUGGUUAGGUUUAAACUCACCUAUAACAAGAGAAAGAAUCACUUGACCACUGGACUAAAGUUACCUUUUUAGAAUUUUGUGGCCGAUAUUUCUCUUAAUAAUAUUAAGGCCGGAAGUCCUUGCUUCAUUGGCUUCUAGCAAGGGCCGGCUCUGAUCUCAAGCCUGAGCAGCCACUGCAUGGCCGAAUUUGAGGACACAACAAAACGAUCCCAUAUGUGUAUCAAAUUGUCGUUGCUUGACUAGCUGAUUUCCAAAUCCUGACAACUCUGAGCACACAAAUCUCUCCAGUGUGACCCAUGUAAGUUCCAACAACAUGUGACCUUAUCCGGAUAUUAUUACAAUCUGUCCAUCCAUAUCCUUUCUGUUAUCAAAAUGUGAUUGUUCCAUGCCAUUUUUUUUUUUUUUGAAAACUGGCCUAUCCAUGCCAAUUAUCCAACUCUAGACUGAUGGUGAUGGACAGUUGGACACUCCUCCAAUGUUCUAAGUUGACGGUUGGAUGCAAAGUCCCAUAUUUGGACUUGAGAGUCGUUCAGCCAAACUACAACAUGACAGCAUCAAGUAUUCA